AUGAACCUCACCAAGUUGGUUGCGCACCUCGCCAUCGUGGCUUUGGCGAUGAACUCCUUCGCCGAAGCCUCCGUCCCCGCUACCGGCCACGCUGUACGUCAGCUUGGCGCUGGCGGCGGCGUCUCCACACCGACUACUUCGACGACCCAGCAGUCCACUACGACGCAAACCGGUCAGACUUCCACGGACACCGCGACGCAGAGCGGCCACACCUCGACCGACGCAGCCGGUCAAAGCGGCCACACGCCCACCGGAACAACGAACCAGGGUCAGUCCUGGGGUGGCCAAGGUGGGCAGAUCAGGAACCAAGGAGGUGAAUCCAACCACAACACUCAACAGGGAGGCCAUUCUUGGAACCAAGGAGGUGAAUCCAACCACAACACUCAACAGGGAGGACAUUCUUGGAACCAAGGAGGUGAAUCCAACCACAACACUCAACAGGGUGGCCAGUCUUGGGGUCAGGGUGGCCAAUCCUGGGGUCAGGGUGGAAACCAAGGCGGAGGCGCUGCUACACCGUGCUCCGGCGACAGCUCUCAGCAGGGUGGCCAGACAUGGGGCCAGGGCGACCAGAGUGGCCACUCGUGGGGCCAAGGUGGCCAGGGUGGCCAGGGCUGGACUGGUAAUGGAAACCAUGGUGGUGACGCUGCUGCUACGCCAUGCCCCAGCGAUAACACGAACCAAGGUCAAUCGUGGGGGCAAGGUGGUCAAGGAGGUAAUUCGUGGGGACAAGGUGGCCAGUCCUGGACAGGUAACGGACAGCAAGGCGGUGAUUCCGCGGCUACGCCUUGCCCGAGCGACAACACUAACCAAGGGCAGGGACAAAAUGGACAGGGUCAAUCAUGGAACCAAGGUGGCCAAGGUGGCCAGUGGCCAAACGUCGGUGGAGACUCCGCGGAGACUCCUUGCCCUGGCGACAACAACUCGGAUCAGUGGACCGGUACUGUGACUACGCCAGACCAAGGCUCACCCAGUGGUGACCAGCCUCCUGCCACCCAGGGCUCUGCUGGUUCUCCUCCGGCUACCCCCGCUACACCUGCGACCCCAGCUACAGAGGCUCCUACGACGGCACCUCCGGCUACCGAGGCUCCUACGACGGCACCCCCAGCUACCGAGGCUCCAACUACCGACGCCCCCGCUACGGUCACGACUCCAGCGACUAAGACUGGCAUCACAACCCCCGCUACUCAGUCCGACGAGUCGACGACGCAGCAGUCCGCUACGCAGUCUCGCCUUCGUCACUAGAUGGUUAUCCGAUCCUGAAGACGAUGCAGUUGUGAGCACUCACUCUUGCCAUUCUUUGUCGUUGACAAAGACACUGUAUGUAUAUCUCCCAUAGCGUAAAUACGACAUACAAACCGAUUCAAACUGGUAUGAAGUGACAACGUAUCAUUGUUUGUUUUGGCACAUUCGACAAGCGUGACUAUCAGCAAAACAGUCCUUUAAGGCUGUGCUCAUUUGAGGGGCAUUGUACCACAGACGCUGGCAUAUAUUUUCCGAUAGUGGAGUUACGGGAGUAGGAUAAUACUUUUUGUAGCGC